AUGAUGAACGGCGCCAAUCCAGUCCUGACCAUUCCAUCGGCGAAGAAGGUGGGCGACGAGCUCCUAACGGCGUCGUUCGAGCAGCACACGGAGAAAAAGUAUCUGGUGAUGCAAAAAGACCAUGCGUUCGUUGCAGUCGCAUUUGACGGGUGGUCAAAUUUGAAACGCGAGAAGAUGAUCAAUGUUGUGGCGUCAAGUCCGAACAUGGGUGUUGUGCACAUCAAGACGAUUGCUGUGGGAUUCGACUCGCAAACCGGCAAAUAUAUCGCUAGGCUUAUGAUCAGAGAAAUCAGCGAGUUGGAAGACGUUAUCGGUCCGGGCAAAGUGGCAAGUUGUACGACCGACAGUGCUGGCAACAUGGAAAAGGCCUGGGAGAUUCUCGAGAAGCGUGGAAUCUUUUGCAAUGGUUGUGCUGCCCAUACGUCCAAUCUGCUGCUCCAAGACGUGGCGAAGUUGGAUGAAGUC